CCGAUAUGAAAAAUAAGUACACACUGGUGGUUCCAGUAAAGUAUUGACUAUUGGAAAGCGUUUCUCGGAACGGCAGAGAACGUGGAAAAGAAAACGAAAAAGAGAAAAUAAGAGUGCUAAUUAUUUUCAUUAGUUUUCUAUUGGUUUGAAGUGUCGUUAAAUCUUGUGAGAAAAUACGAUAACAUGGAUAAAGAUACGACUGACUUGAAGCCAAACCCCAGGGAGACUGCGAAUAUUUUCAGUGUUCUAUUCUUCUGGUGGUUGCGAAAAUUGUUUAUAAAAAGUAGUACAAGUAAUUUGGAGGAAUCUGAUAUCUAUCGUCCAAUAAAGGCUGAUGAGUCUGAAAAACUGACCGAUCAUCUCGAAAAGUAUUGGAGUCGCGAACUAGACAAACUAAAGAAUCUGGACUGUACCAUGAGUAAGAACGGGCAAGUGGUGUUACUAAAAAAGGAUGUCCGUCCGAGAUUGUACAAGGCGAUUUACAAAGCAUUCUGGUUGCCAUAUUUUUUAAACGGAAUCUACUUAUUCAUCGAAUUUUGCGUCAUACUAGCCGCGAUACCAAUCUUUCAGAGCUGUGUUAUCAGCUAUUUCGUCACAAAUUCAACCACAAGUUAUAAGACAACGAUGAACGAUGCGGUGAUCUACAUAAGCUCCUUGACUAUACUUCUUUUUAUCUCCACUCUAAUAAUUCAUCAUGCGCUAGCGACUUCGCAACAGAUCGGCAUGAGAAUACGCAUCUCUUGUAGCUCUCUCAUCUACAAGAAGUUAUUACGAUUAAACAAAGCAUCUAUGAACGAAAUUGAUAUUGGACAGAUUAUGAAUCUUCUAGGCAAUGACGUUAAUUGCUUGGAUCUGUUAAUGCGGUUCCUACAUUUCAUAUGGAUCAUGCCUAUUCAGGUCGUGAUCAUAACAAGUUUAAUGUGGCAAAGGAUGGGUAUUUCGACUCUUGUCGGCAUAGGGUCGCAACUGACCAUCGCCCUAAUUGUGCAAGGCAUCUUCAGCUGGAUAAAUUACAAAAUCAAAGUCAAAAUCAUGUUAUUGACCGACCGAAGAGUGCAGCUAAUAAGCGAACUCGUAGCCGGGAUACAGAUAAUGAAGAUAUACGUCUGGGAGAAACCAUUCAGCAAGAUCGUGUCGUCGACCAGAAUGCUCGAAAUUAAGAAGAUUAAAUUAUCUUCGUACGUACGCGGCAUAUACCUCGCCGUCUCAUUCUUGUCACAACGACUGGUCAUCUACAUCACCCUGAUAACAUUUGUCCUAAUGGGAAACAAUUUGACAGCAUCACUGGCCUUUGAAGUAUUCGUAUACUUCAGUAUACUUAAAGUUACAACUUCUACGUAUUUUCCACAAGCGCUGAUGACUCUGGGCCAAUCGAUAGUGUCUCUGAAUCGCAUAGAGAAACUACUGCUGAUGGACGAAGUUAACAUGGGACACCCGGAGAAGACGCUGCAGUGUAAAUCUCAGAAACUAAACAAAGUGACUAAUAUAAAGAAUGAGACAGAUAGAUACAUUUCAAAAGAUAAAAAUGUCGCGCCUUCCGAGCCUCAGGAAUUAUCUGAUCUUCCGGUUUGCGUAAAGCUUCAUCGCGUUUAUGCCAAUUGGAUCAGCAGCAAAUUGCCGCCAACUUUGUGCAAUAUCAAUAUGACGAUCAUGCCGGGUCAGUUAUGCGCUGUGGUCGGCGCCGUAGGCUCCGGCAAAUCAUCCGUGCUGUACUUACUGCUGAACGAGUUGGAUCUCAGCGCUGGUGCUGUGAUCCUCACUCAAGACUCUUCGAGGAAUAGCUUUCGGGAUAAGAUGUCCAACGGUUAUUUUAAGAGCAAUCCGAAUCUGCGCAUUUCUUAUGCGAGCCAGGAUCCUUGGAUCUUCAAUGGUACAGUGCGAGACAACAUACUGUUUGGCCAGCCUUACAAUAAAGUCAGAUAUACUCAGGUGACGAAGGUGUGCGCCUUGACAAAGGAUUUCCAGCAGUUUCCACAAAGAGACAUGGCGAUGGUUGGCGACAGAGGUAUAUCCCUGUCCGGAGGCCAAAGAGCGCGAGUCAAUCUCGCGAGGGCGGUUUACAGGCAAGCGGAUUUGUAUCUGUUCGACGAUCCGCUUAGCGCGGUGGAUUCUCGGGUCUCCCGGCAUCUUUACCGGAAGUGCAUCACUGAGUAUCUCCGAGGUAAAACGAGGAUACUUGUUACCCAUCAGUUGCAAUUUCUGAAACGCACGGAUCACAUCGUCGUCUUGGAUCAAGGAUGUGUAAAGAUGCAAGGAAGUUACAACACAUUGGUACAAUCAAAUAUAGAUUUCGUUAAGAUGUUGGACAAUUUGAGUCAUGAAGCGCAGAAGAAGGAAGAACAGACAAGCUCGGAAUCAUCGGCAAAAAAAAUCUCGAUAACGAGACGUGCCUCAGGAUUAUCAACCACAAGUUCCAUCAUUUCCGAUAUAGAUGAUUCGGAUCAUGUGGAGACCAAUCAGGAGGAAGCCGAAACGAUGACACGCGGUCGAAUAUCCGGUAGGACGUAUAAGGAAUAUCUGCAUAACGGCGGCAACUAUUUCACCCUGUUCAUGUUGCUGCUAGCCUUCCUCCUCGGUCAGAUUUUCACCAGCGGGACUGAUUACUGGGUCUCAUUUUGGGUCACUUUGGAGGAUGCCAGGCGUAUCGGAAACACCAGUGACAUGAAACAGUCCGGAAAUAUUUACAACAACAGUUUCCUUGAGUUGAUCUUCACACUGGACCCAGAUGGUCUGCUUAGUACUGUGGAUGCCAUAUACAUAUACACCUUCUGCAUCACCGUCUGCAUUGUUAUCGUGAUGUUCUGCAACAUCCACUUUACGAGAACGUGUACGAAGUCGAGCUGCACCAUGCACAACACCAUGUUCUCUAAUCUACUGCAGGCACGCAUGUCUUUCUUUCACAAUAAUCCUUCCGGAAGAAUUUUAAAUAGAUUUUCGAAGGACGUAGGCAUUGUAGACGAGAUGCUGCCCUUCACGACGUUAGAAUCGAUUCAAGUGGUAUUAAUAUUGUGUGGCGUAAUAAUUUUGGAGGCGAUACUUAAUCAAUGGAUAUUGAUACCGAUAGCAGUACUGGCGGUCUUAUUAUACUUUGCAACGAAAUUCUUUAUGAGAUUCGCGCAGAACGUCAGGCGUCUCGAAAGCAUAACAAAGAGCCCGGUACUCACACACGUGAAUGCCACGCUGAAUGGUCUGCCAACAAUCAGAAGCAGUGGCGCCGGAAUCGAGACAAUGAUGCAAAAACAAUUCCAUAUGUUGCAAGAUCGUCAAAGCAGCACGUCCUACCUUUACUUAAUAAGUGUGUCAGCUUUUGGUUUCGUUACGGACUGCGUCGUGUGCCUGUUCGUUGUCAUAAUUUGCAUCUCCCUAGUACUGAUAAAUGAAAAUGAGGCAAUAAGCGAAAGCAUAGCAGGUCUGGCGAUAUCACAAGCUCUGGCCGUGUCCGGUCUUUUGCAAUAUGGCCUGAGACAGCUCUCCGAAACAAUUUCGCUGAUGACUUGCGUGGAAAGAAUUCUUGAAUAUACGAAUCUUCCUCAGGAGGUCCAAAUCACCUCGAAUAGUCCGCCACCGUCCUCAUGGCCGUCUCAAGGACAAUUGAUCCUGAACAACGUCAGUCUGAAGUACCAUCAGGACGAUCCACCGGUCUUGAAAAAUCUGAACGUAUCCAUCGAGCCAGGAUGGAAAGUUGGGGUAGUGGGACGAACUGGCGCUGGCAAGUCCUCAUUGAUCUCAGCACUUUUCCGUCUAUUCAACGAAUAUUUGGAGGGCGAGAUUAAGAUCGACGGUCGUGACACGAGUACGGUAAGCCUGAGCGAGCUACGCUCCAAGAUCUCCAUCAUACCACAGCAACCGGUGCUCUUUUCCGAGAGUCUGCGCUACAAUCUGGACCCGUUCGGUCAGUACGAUGAUAUGAAGCUGUGGGAGGUGUUGCGACAAGUCAAGCUUAACGAUAUCGCACUGGACCACGAUGUCUUUUCCGGUGGACGUAAUUUCAGCUGCGGCCAGAGGCAGCUCAUAUGUCUGGCCAGGGUUAUCCUGAGGAACAAUCGCUUGCUAGUUCUGGACGAGGCUACGUCUAAUAUUGAUAUGCACACCGAUGCUUUAAUUCAGGAUGCUAUAAGGAACGAGUUUAAAGAAUGCACCGUCAUCACGGUAGCACAUCGAUUAAAUACUAUUAUAGACAGCGAUCGGAUUAUUGUGAUGGAAAACGGCUCCAUCGUGGAAUUUGGUUGCCCUUACGAGCUGUUGCGCGAAAAACCGAGCGGUUACUUCUUACAAAUGGUACAAAAGACGGGCAAUCAGAUGGCAGAAAAUCUUUUGGAACUGGCGAGAAAAGCUUGCGAGGAACGUAAUGAUCAUCAUGAAUGGUCAAAACAAACUACUGACAAUGAGAGCAAGAAUGUCAUAAUCACAGAAAGCUCCGCUUUGUAGAUUUCCUUUCCCUGCUAUUCUUUGCUUAUAAAAAAGCAGAAUGUAUUUAGAAUUAUAUACACAGGUGGAAAAUUUGAUUUCUUUGUUAAAAAUGUAUCAAUUACAAUUUUUUAACUAAA